UUCGCCACCUGCCUUUCUCUUUGCAUCCCGCGGCGGCAUCUACGAGCCCCGACACACCCUCUCCCACGCCUCUCAUCGCCCCGCCCCGCCCAUCAACACCUGGCCGCCUCUCCUCCCCCGCCGCCCCCCACCCCCCUCGCCUCAACGCAACCCGGGCAACACAACAAAACACGGUGCUCGACCUUUCGGGCAGCGCUAAGUGGGCGACCCUCAGGUGUGACGUCAGCCACACUUCCGUCGGCGGGCGGCGGGCGGCGGCGGCGUGGCUCACUCUUGGCCCAGCCAGGACGCGGAGAGCAGCGCCGCCCCCCUCCCUCCACGCCGAGUCCUGAGAGGCAGCAGCCACGGCCCUUCCUCACGUGGCAGGCUUUGUGCGGUGUGUCGCGGGGCAGUGACGGGCGGCGUGUGUGGCGGCGCUACUGCCGCGGGGACUGGCGACCAGUGUGCAGAUCUGUGGUGUGACGGUGCGUGCUGACGGUGCAGUGAGGUGACGCCUCUUAGGUGGGCGGCAGUGCCAGGGGCAGCGGGGCGGGUGUCCGGGCGGCACCGCGGGCGUCGGGGUCUCCUGCCGCGGCGCGGACAGCAAUCGGUCUCGGGUCGGGGUAUCGGGCGUGAUGGCGUCGGGCGGCGCCCCGCAGGCCACGUCGCCGUGGCGGCGGAUGCUGGCGUGCCUGGCCACGGUGUCGGUGGAGCCGGUGAUGCUGCUGGACGGGCUGGGCUACUCCAACAUGGUGGUGCUGGUGGAGAACCUUCAGAUGGACAAGGUGUGCCAGGUCAACCUCAACUACUCGCGGGAGGUGUGCGACAACCUGACGCACCACCGCCGCGUGAAGGAGGCCAUGACCAAGGAGGUGAGCGUGUUCGCCAUGUACAACGGCAUCAUCAUGGCCGUCAUCCCGCUCUUCUUCAUCCUCUUCAUUGGUGCCUGGAGCGACAAGUACGGCCGCAAGGUGCCGCUUGUGCUCUCCACCAUCGGCCACCUCUUCUACGCCCUCGGCUACCUCGUGGUGUCCAUGGUGGACUCGUGGCCCGUCGAGUAUCUGCUCUUCGUGGCGCUGCUCGACUCACUGGGCGGCGGCACCGUCUCCUUCCUGACGGCCGCCAACUCCUACAUCAGCGACGUCACCUCCGAGCAGACGCGCACCUCGCGCGUGGGCCUCGCCAACAGCAUCUGGUUCCUGGGCGGCCCCAUCGGCACGCUGAUGGGCACCUACAUCUACAAGUAUGGCGGCUACGCCAUCCUGUUCGGCACGUCGCUGGCCAUGUACGUGGUGUCGCUGGCCUACAUGGCCUUCUUCCUGCCGGAGAGCCACGGGCCCUUCGCCAACGUGCAGAAGCUGGAGAAGGUGCUGCCGCCCAAGCAGUCGCUGCGGCUGCGGGAGAGCGUGGCGUGGGUCUACGGCAUCGACAAGAAGAAGCGGGACCUCAUGGCCUCCAAGAGCGUCAUGAAGCGCGCCAAGAGCAUCACGGUCUCCAAGAUGGUCCGGGACUUCUUCGACCCCCGCAGGUUCCUGGACAGCAUCAGGAGCACGCUGAGGACGCGCGAGGGACACGUCAGGCUCUACAUCCUCCUCCUCAUCUUCUGCAACCUCAUGCGGCGGCUGGGACGAGGUGCCUACAUGUAUCAGUUCACGCGCACUGUACUGGACUGGAACGCGGCGGACUACGGCCUCUGGGUCACCUAUAAGAAUCUGCUGGCCGCCCUGGGUUCCCUCGCGGCCGUUCCCCUCCUCAGCGCCGUUCUCAAGGUGUCGGACAACAUGCUGGCGAUGGUCGGGGCGUUCUCCUCCGUGUUCGACUACGUGUUCUACGGCUUGGUGACCGACGAGACCUACUACUUUAUUUGGCUCGCUCCCGUCGCCGCGCUGCUGGUCAACUCCUGCGCCAUCGCCAUCCGCGCUAUGCUGUCGAAAUACGUUGCCGCCGACGAGCUGGGCAAGGUAUCGGCCGUCCUGGGAGCUCUGGAUGGGCUUAUGCCGAUGAUCAGCUUCCCGCUUUACACGGCCGUCUACUACUCCACCAUCGAGGUCUUCCCGGGGGCCCAGUUUUUCUUCGGAGCGGCGGCGAACAUUCUCAUGGCACUGAUCUUCAUCUUCAUCAUGGUGUCGGAUCGCAGCGAACAGUACAGCGUCGAGGAUGCCGUGGUACCAGCUCCCGAGGGCCCGGUCAAGGAGAAAAGUCUGGUCAUGCGCAAGGACUCCCGUUGGCUGUAUGACGAGGAUAGCAACAACAAGAUCCGCCUGGCUACCAUCCUGCUCUCCACCCUCAACUUCUCCAUCGAGGUCCCCAUGAUAGAGAUGUCGCUGGGGAAGCCACUCGAGACCAUUCAGGAGGAGCCGGAGGAAGAGGAGAAGGAGGAUGAGGAGGCAGGGCAGCAGGAGACGCAGAGUUCAGCCCCGGUCGAAGGUCAGGUCGCAGCCUCGUAUGAUAAUGUUGCAUAUAUCACCGACGGGAAAUAGACAUGGUAGUGGGUGUGAAGGGGGCGUUGGUGGGUGAUUGUGGUGUGUUAGGCUGUCUGUAUACACUUCUCUGAUCAGUACUAAGAAGGAUUGAGGUAUUGUUCGCUUUAGAAGAAGUAUGACCUAUAGAAUGUCUGAUUAUAACCCUUUCUUGACAUAAUUUAACACCCUCUCAAUUCUUCUGACCCAAGUUGAGGUCAUGUUCACUAUGAGAGAGGUAUAACCCAAAGAAAUUCUAGUUAUAACCCUUUUUUGACUUAAUUCUAAUACCUCAAGUGUCCUGAUCCAAGUACUGGUUAUAAUGGUGUGUACAAAUGUCAAACACACCCCUGGGUAGCUCUGCAUGUGUGUAUAUAGCUUGCAGGGGCUGUAGGGAAGGCCACCUCAUGUAUAGUUCAGUCUAGAGAGAGGACAAGACCCUGUGUAGCAUAUAUAU